AUCACAACAUCAGGGGCUUCACGUGGGCGGGGCAAUAUCCCUUGCGUGAGAUCAACAGAAAGAGAUUGGCGCGCUCUAAAUUCACACACCAUUUCGGCGACGGCAUUCUCAGUCAGAAAUGAAGCAAGUGUCUGAACAAGAGAUCAUUGUGCCUGUCGGAGCUGGUGACGACCAGGAGGAAGGCUUCUGCUCUGGCUGUUGUUCAGUCCUAUUGGUUAUCCUCUCAACAAUAUUAAUUGCCAUCACAUUUCCCUUCUCGUUGUUCGUCUGUUUUAAGGUUGUUGCUGAAUAUGAAAGGGCCGUCAUAUUUCGACUUGGUCGUAUUCGUCCGGGUGGACCAAAGGGUCCAGGAUUGUUCUUCAUUGUACCGUGUAUAGAUACGUACUUGAAAGUCGACUUGAGGACAGUUUCGUUUGAUGUGCCACCUCAAGAGGUCUUGACACGUGAUAGUGUUACUGUCACUGUUGAUGCUGUUGUCUAUUUCCGUGUCCGUAAUCCAACGGUCGCCGUGUGUAAUGUUGUAAACUACAACUGGUCAACACGUCUCCUUGCUCAGACUACGCUGCGUAACGUGUUGGGUACAAAGAUCCUUUCUGAAGUGCUUUCUGAUCGAGAAGUAAUCAGCGGACAAAUGCAGCAUAUCCUUGACAAAGCGACUGACCCGUGGGGCAUCCAAGUGGAGAGGGUGGAAGUGAAAGACGUUCGUCUGCCUGUUCAACUGCAACGUGCCAUGGCUGCUGAAGCUGAAGCCACUCGCGAAGCAAGAGCCAAAGUCAUCGCUGCAGAAGGCGAACAAAACGCUGCCCUCUCCUUGAAGGAAGCAGCCGACGUGAUGUCCGAGACUCCAACGGCUCUACAGCUUCGCUACCUGCAGACACUGAAUGUGAUCUCAGCUGAAAAGAACUCGACCAUCGUCUUUCCACUGCCGAUUGACACGAUUGGUGGAAUAUUUCCUGGAAUGUGAAAGCAGCUGUGACUUGUCUGUGUGUCUUGUAUUGCUAUGCUUGCAACUGAUUGCGUUUGUUGGUGUUGUUGCUGAUUUUUUUAGUGGUGAAUGUGCAGUAGGACAAACGGGUGCUUGUUGCUGCUGGUUGUAGUUGCAGCUGUGGGUGGGUUAGUAGAGUAUGCAAUAUGCCAAGUGGUUGAUGUGUGUUAUAUAAACAUCAUGUACUUAUUCAUCCCUUUCAA